ACCAAGUUUGAACAUUUUUAGUAAGCCAAAUUCAUAUUCCAUUCCCUUAGAAUUUUCCCAAUCUAUAAACCUCAAAAAUCAGUUAAAAUUCCCAGGAAAUUACUGUUCAUAUUAUAGUCAAAAAGUCAAAAUUGACAUCCCUUCUUCUUCUUCUUCAUUCCUUUCUCUCUCCUCUGUAUACAAAUAUCCUUCGAUCUCCGACCAAUUCCUUGAUAAGAGAACCGGAAUUCACGAACAAAUCAAAGAAUAAUGUGUGGGAUCUUUGCAUAUUUGAACUUCAAUGUUAACAGAGAAAGACGUUACAUUGUUGAAGUUCUCUUCAACGGAUUACGGCGUUUGGAGUAUCGAGGUUAUGAUUCCGCCGGGAUUUCAAUUGAUUCUUCUCUUUCUUCUGACAUUUCAUCAACUCUCUCUCCUUCUCCCCUCGUUUUUCGUCAAGAGGGCAACAUUGAAUCCCUCGUUAAAUCCGUCUAUCAAGAGGUUGCAGCCACAGAGUUGAACCUAGAGGAGUCAUUUUCUGUUCAUGCUGGAAUUGCCCACACUCGAUGGGCAACUCAUGGCGAGCCUGCACCAAGAAAUAGUCAUCCACAGACCUCUGGUCCUGAAAAUGAGUUUGUGGUUGUUCAUAAUGGGGUUAUUACUAAUUAUGAGGUAUUGAAAGAAACUCUAGUUCGACAUGGUUUUACAUUCGAAUCUGAUACUGAUACUGAAGUAAUACCGAAGCUUGCUAAGUAUGUUUAUGACAAAGCAAAUGAAGGAGAAGCAGAGAACAAAAUCUCAUUCAGUGAUGUUGUCCUUGAGGUUAUGCGGCAUCUUGAUGGUGCUUAUGCACUAAUAUUUAAAAGCAGACAUUAUCCAAAUGAGUUGAUUGCUUGCAAACGUGGUGGCCCAUUGCUUAUUGGUGUUAAAGAACUAACAGAAGAUGUGAGUGCUGGAGCAUCAUUUCCUGACUUCAAAAUUUUGAGGAAUGGGCAGCCAAAAGAACUUUUUAUCUCAAGUGAUCCUAAUGCUCUUGUUGAGCACACAAAGAAGGUUUUGGUUAUUGAGGAUGGUGAAGUAGUUCAUAUAAAGGAUGGAGGGGUGACAAUUCUCAAAUUUGAAAAUGAGAAAGGGAAGAGUAGUGGCACUCUCUGUCGACCUUCUUCUGUGCAACGGGCGCUUUCCAUUCUUGAGAUGGAAGUUGAACAAAUAAACAAAGGAAAAUAUGAACAUUAUAUGCAAAAAGAGAUUCAUGAACAACCAGAGUCCUUGAGAACAACAAUGAGGGGAAGACUUAUUCGUGGAGGUUCUUGCAAAGCGAAGUCUGUACUGUUGGGUGGAAUCAAAGAUCAUUUAAAAACUAUCAGGAGAAGUAGGCGUAUCCUUUUUAUUGGAUGUGGUACAAGUUACAAUGCCGCUCUAGCCGCAAGGCCCAUUUUAGAAGAACUUUCUGGGAUUCCUGUUACAAUGGAAAUUGCUAGUGAUCUGGUUGAUAGGCAGGGGCCAAUAUAUAGGGAAGAUACAGCUGUCUUUGUCAGCCAGUCUGGUGAAACUGCCGAUACCUUGCAAGCCCUGGAAUACGCGUUAGAAAAUGGGGCACUAUGUGUUGGUAUAACAAAUACAGUUGGCAGUGCAAUUGCGAGAAACACACAUUGUGGUGUGCAUAUAAAUGCUGGUGCUGAAAUUGGUGUGGCAAGUACUAAGGCGUAUACAAGUCAAAUUGCUGUGAUGGCUAUGUUAGCUCUAGCUAUUGCUGAUGACACAAUCUCUAAUCAAGGCAGAAGAGAAGCUAUUAUCGAAGGUUUAUAUGAAUUGCCAAGUCGGGUAAAAGAGGUACUUCAACUAGACCAAGAAAUGGAGGAGCUUGCUCAACUACUUAUUCAUGAGCAGUCUCUCCUUGUUUUUGGAAGAGGUUACAACUAUGCAACAGCUUUAGAAGGUGCUUUGAAAGUAAAGGAGGUCUCUCUGAUGCACAGUGAAGGAAUGCUUGCUGGGGAAAUGAAGCAUGGUCCUUUGGCUCUUGUUGACGAAAACCUUCCUAUUGUUGUGAUUGCUACUCGUGAUGCUUGCUUCAGCAAGCAACAGUCAGUAAUCCAGCAACUUCAUGCUCGCAAAGGUCGUCUGAUCGUGUUGUGCUCCAAAGGUGAUGCAGCAGCUGUCUCCCUAGGUGGCUCAUGUCGUGUAAUUGAAGUUCCUCAGGUUUCAGAUUGCCUUCAGCCUGUGAUCAACAUCAUUCCAUUACAGCUGUUAGCUUAUCACCUGACAGUGUUACGAGGCUUUAAUGUUGAUCAACCUCGAAAUUUGGCAAAAAGUGUGACAACGCAGUAGUUAGAAUUUGUAUAGAAAGUGGCUCCAAUAUGUUCCUUGUUUAGUGAAUGUUUAGAGUCUUUCCUGACAGUGACCAUGUAAGUUCUGUUCUGAUGCACUAUAAUAUGUUAGCUUGAAUGUAAAAUCUGAGAAUAUGUUUUUCCCAAUGUUGUCUGUAUUCUUUCCAACUCUCAUUUCUAAGGUUAAGUAGCUUAAGUUGGUUCUCAGCAGUGUACAUGUGUGACUUUUCCUGUGUGAGAACUGGAUAACAUAGUUUCAUUAGUUUGUUCUUGUCAUCUGAUAUCUUUUGGGCAUUUUCUUAUUUUAUGAAAUUCUUCUAGAUUUUUCAUUCCAGGUUA